CUGUGAUCCUUCCGCGCUAGCCGCGUGAAGAUUGAUGCUGGGACUUAAUAAAAUGUCCUGUCUAUUUGGCCCUGCACUUAAGGGGAAGCUGUACAAGAGAACGCACGCAGUAGUCCUUGUUUCAUUGAUUAACUGAAUAGACUGUGAUAUUGCAAGAUGAUCAUCCCGGUCAGAUGCUUUACAUGUGGGAAGAUUGUAGGCAAUAAAUGGGAGGCUUACCUUGGCCUUUUACAGGCUGAAUAUACAGAAGGUGAUGCUCUGGAUGCCUUGGGCCUGAAAAGGUACUGCUGUCGUCGGAUGCUCCUCGCUCACGUCGACUUGAUUGAGAAACUGUUAAACUACGCCCCUUUGGAGAAAUGAGGGUCCGGUUCCAUACGGUGCAAUCUAGACCAAUCAAAUGUUUCCAAGCACAGGAAGGAGAACCCACGGCUUCCAUUAUACCCUACCUGCUGAACUUCCAGAGGAAAAAUCUGUUUCUAACCCUGAAACCAUGUUGAACAGGGCAUUUUUUAUGGACCACUUUUAGGAUACAAGCAUUUUGUUGUGUAACUAAUAAAGGUAUUUUUUGUUAUC